GCAUCACCUCCGAGCCUGUGCUGCUGCCAUUCCCAGAGAUCCGUCUCUCCAACGGGCCCAGCCGGUGCCAGGGGCGAGUGGAGAUCUUCUACAAUGGCUCCUGGGGGACGGUGUGCGACGACGACUGGGACAUCGUGGAUGCCAACGUGGUGUGUCGCCAGCUGGGCUGCGGCCACGCCAUCCCCCUCCCGCCUGCCAUGACCUUCGGCCAGGGGAGCGGACCCAUCUUCCUGGACAACGUGGACUGCAAGGGCUGGGAGGUGGCCUUGAGCGAGUGCUGGAGCCACGGAUGGGGCAUCCAUAACUGCUACCACUAUGAGGAUGUGGCUGUUGUAUGCAAUGGCGACGGGAGCAUCCGCCUGGUGAGCGGGACCGAUGCCUGCCAGGGCCGCGUGGAGAUCCUCUACCGCGGGAGCUGGGGCACCGUGUGUGACGAUGACUGGGGCCUGAGCGAUGCCAGCGUGGUCUGCAAGCAGCUGGGGUGCGGCCAAGCCCUGGACUACAAGAGCAAUGCUUAUUUCGGCUACGGCACAGGGCUCAUCCUGCUGGACAACGUCAACUGCGACGGCAGCGAGCCCUUCCUCUCCGCCUGCUACAGCCUCGGCUGGGGCAUCCAUAACUGCGGACACCACGAGGAUGCUGGGGUCAUCUGCGCAGGGCUAGACACGUCCACCAUCACGUCCUUCACCACCUCGGUGGCCCUGGACUAUGAAGAGACAUUCACUGCCACGGCCACAGUGACAGACAGCAGGGACCAGCCCUCUGAGGCCACCGAGGUGCUCUCCACCGCUCUGCUCACGGUCGAGCAGGAAA